UGGUCUGGACGGCCAACUUCGUGGCCUACCGCUGCCGGACGUGCGGCAUCUCCCCUUGCAUGUCGCUGUGCGCCGAGUGCUUCCACCAGGGCGACCACACCGGACACGACUUCAACAUGUUCCGCAGCCAGGCCGGGGGCGCCUGCGACUGCGGGGACAGCAACGUGAUGCGGGAGAGUGGGUUUUGCAAAAGGCAUCAAAUUAAAUCAAGUUCAAAUAUUCCCUGCGUUCCCAAAGACUUACUGAUGAUGUCUGAGUUUGUUCUUCCAAGAUUUAUUUUUUGUCUUAUUCAGUACUUAAGAGAAGGCUAUAAUGAACCAGCUGAUGUACCAUCAGAAAAAGACCUUAACAAAAUUCUUCAGCUUUUGGAACCUCAAAUUUCCUUUUUAGAAGACCUAACUAAAAUGGGAGGAGCAAUGAGAUCUGUUCUUACUCAGGUUUUGACAAACCAACAAAACUACAAAGAUCUGACUUCUGGUGUUGGAGAAAAUGCUUGCGCAAAGAAAAGUCAUGAGAAGUACCUUAUAGCUUUGAAGAGCUCUGGACUUACAUAUCCUGAGGAUAAGCUUGUAUAUGGUAUGCAGGAGCCAUCUGCUGGUACUAGCACUCUGGCAGUUCAAGGUUUUGCAGGUGCAACAGGAACAUUGGGACAAGUAGAUUCUUCAGAUGAGGAUGAUCAGGAUGGGAGUCAAGGACUGGGCAAGCGAAAGAGGGUGAAACUAAGCAGUGGCACCAAAGAUCAAUCCAUAAUGGAUGUUUUGAAACAUAAAAGCUUCCUAGAAGAACUAUUGUUUUGGACUAUAAAGUAUGAAUUCCCUCAGAAGAUGGUAACUUUCUUACUCAACAUGCUUCCAGAUCAAGAGUAUAAGGUUGCUUUUACAAAAACUUUUGUUCAACAUUAUGCUUUCAUUAUGAAAACACUGAAGAAAAGUCAUGAAUCAGAUACAAUGUCUAACAGAAUUGUGCAUAUAAGCGUUCAGUUGUUCAGCAAUGAGGAGCUAGCCAGACAGGUAACAGAAGAAUGUCAGCUGCUGGAUAUUAUGGUCACUGUGCUAUUAUACAUGAUGGAAAGUUGCCUUAUUAAAAGUGAACUACAAGAUGAAGAAAAUAGUUUACAUGUGGUAGUAAACUGUGGAGAAGCAUUACUGAAGAAUAACACUUACUGGCCUCUUGUUAGUGAUUUUAUUAAUAUUCUUUCACAUCAAAGUGUGGCUAAGAGAUUUUUGGAAGAUCAUGGUUUGUUAGUUACGUGGAUGAAUUUUGUAUCUUUCUUUCAAGGUAUGAACUUAAACAAGCGAGAACUAAAUGAGCAUGUGGAAUUUGAGUCUCAGACCUACUAUGCUGCCUUCGCUGCUGAACUUGAGGCCUGUGCACAGCCGAUGUGGGGGCUUUUAUCACAUUGUAAAGUUAGGGAGACUCAAGAAUAUACCCGAAAUGUUGUGAGAUACUGCCUUGAAGCUCUUCAAGACUGGUUUGAUGCCAUUAACUUUGUAGAUGAGCCAGCACCUAACCAAGUCACUUUUCAUCUACCACUACAUCGUUAUUAUGCUAUGUUUUUAAGUAAGGCCGUGAAAUGUCAAGAGCUAGAUUUGGAUUCUGUUUUGCCAGAUCAGGAAAUGUUAAUGAAACUAAUGAUUCACCCACUCCAAAUUCAAGCAAGUCUUGCUGAAAUCCACAGCAAUAUGUGGGUAAGAAAUGGUCUGCAAAUCAAAGGACAAGCCAUGACCUAUGUCCAGUCUCAUUUCUGUAAUUCCAUGAUUGAUCCUGACAUUUACUUAUUACAGGUUUGUGCUUCUAGACUUGACCCAGAUUAUUUUAUUUCAUCUGUCUUUGAAAGAUUUAAAGUAGUGGAUUUGUUGACAAUGGCAUCACAACACCAAAAUACAGUACUAGAUACAGAGCAUGAGAGAUCGAUGUUAGAAGGCGCUCUUACAUUUCUUGUGAUUCUUUUGAGUCUUCGUUUACAUUUAGGAAUGUCUGAUGAUGAGAUUCUCAGGGCAGAGAUGGUAGCCCAGCUGUGUAUGAAUGACAGGACACAUAGUUCAUUGCUGGACCUCAUUCCAGAAAAUCCCAAUCCCAAAAGUGGCAUUAUUCCAGGCAGUUACAGCUUUGAAUCAGUUUUGUCUGCUGUAGCUGAUUUUAAGGCUCCUGUUUUUGAACCUGGAGGUUCUAUGCAACAGGGCAUGUAUACUCCCAAAGCUGAAGUCUGGGAUCAGGAGUUUGACCCUGUCAUGGUCAUUCUUCGAACAGUUUACCGUAGAGAUGUGCAGUCUGCAAUGGACAGAUAUACUGCAUUUUUAAAACAGAGUGGAAAAUUCCCUGGAAAUCCCUGGCCUCCCUAUAAGAAAAGGACAUCACUCCAUCCUAGCUAUAAAGGUCUCAUGAGACUUUUGCACUGUAAAACUUUACACAUUGUGCUAUUCACUCUGCUUUACAAGAUUUUGAUGGAUCAUCAAAAUCUGUCAGAACAUGUACUCUGCAUGGUUUUAUAUCUGAUUGAAUUAGGACUUGAAAAUUCUGCUGAGGAGGAAUCAGAAGAAGAGGCAUCAGUGGGUGGACCAGAACGUUGUCAUGACAGUUGGUUUCCUGGCAGCAACUUAGUGUCAAAUAUGCGGCACUUUAUAAACUAUGUUAGAGUGAGAGUUCCAGAGACUGCUCCUGAAGUGAAGAGAGACUCACCUGCAAGCACUAGCUCUGAUAGCUUGGGUUCUUUACAAAAUUCUGGUACAGCUCAAGUUUUCAGUUUAGUAGCAGAGCGUAGAAAGAAAUUUCAGGAGAUCAUCAAUCGCAGUAGCAGUGAAGCAAAUCAGGUGGUUCGUCCCAAAACUUCAAAUAAAUGGUCUGCUUCUGGUUCAGCUCCACAGUUAACUACAGCCAUUUUGGAAAUUAAAGAAAGCAUAUUGUCUUUGCUAAUUAAACUUCACCACAAACUCUCAGGAAAACAAAACUCCUACUAUCCUCCUUGGCUUGAUGACAUAGAAAUUUUAAUCCAACCAGAAAUUCCUAAAUACAGUCAUGGAGAUGGUAUAACUGCAGUAGAACGAAUUUUACUAAAAGCUGCAUUGCAAAGCAGAAUGAAUAAACGCAUCAUUGAAGAGAUAUGUAGAAAAGUGACCCCUCCUGUACCACCUAAAAAAAUUACUGCAGCAGAGAAGAAAACACUGGACAAAGAAGAAAGGCGACAAAAGGCUAGAGAGAGGCAGCAGAAAUUGCUUGCCGAGUUUGCUUCACGACAGAAAAGCUUCAUGGAAACUGCCAUGGAUGUUG